AUGAAGAUGUCGGGCAGGGGGCCCUGCAGCCAUUUUGCCAUGAGCCUACUGGGUGUGAUGGUGCUCGGGUUGGUGGCACGGGCCAGCGCGGAAAAUACGGAUACUUAUGAAGACGCUUUGGAGAGGUACCAAAACGACACAAAGCCAUUGACAGAAUUAGACCUAAAGUGCAUGGGCAUGAUUGGGGUGACAACGACAACCACAUCUCGAGCAGGGUGGGCGAGUGAUGGCCAACGACGUAUGUUGGAGCAAAGAACGCUGUUCCGGCAGAAGUCGAGGAAAAGCGGCAAGCAGUUAGCAGGAGACUUUUCAUCAUGGUUGGUGACACGUUUAGUGAUCAUCCUUUGCAGUUUGACUUUGGGAACGCCAUUGGUGGUUUUGCUCCUCUACCAGUUCUCGCCUCGAGUCAGAAAGUGGGCCUCAGCUUUGUCACUCGGCCGUUGCACCAAGUGGCUAAUGCUGACAUUGUUGGUCGCUGGCGGCCUCUCCAUUUUCUUUGCCAUGCGUAUAUUAGACACCACGGACCUUCUUCUGGCAGACAUGCAGGAAUAUUUCCUGAGCUCCUUCAUGACCAGAUUUAUGGACUUGGCCAUCGAAGAAAUCGAUGCCAUGGGAAACUUCUCCAUGGGGCUGGUUGGGAAAACCCGGACGCUGUCGGGCGAGCUUUGUAACCCGACGGAUGGCCACUUCGAGCUCCAGAAGUUUGAUUUGGAGGGCUACCUGGAAGGUUCCAACUUCCUCUCCGUGCAGCUGCCUGAGCCCUUGCACUUGAAGCCCGAGUCCCUGGGGAUGUUGGCUAUCCAGUACACCUUUCUUAAAGAGUGGUUUGAGCUCUUCAUUGGAGGGGCCAAGGCAGCAUUCUUGAGCUUCAGCAGCAACUAUGGCAUGAGCGAAUCUGCAAAAAUGCAGGUGUGGUUGCUCAUCAAGGUGGACUGCAUGGUGCGGGAUGCAGGUAUUUCCAUUGGGAUCCGCUGCAAUUUGCCGCUCGUUCUGUCGAAGCUUCCUGAGGUCUCAGCGUGGAACCAAGUGUGGGCAGAGGACCCCCAGCGCUUCUGGGCAGACUUGUACGAGGCCGUCAACAGUGGUUUGGAUUCUCAGCGCUUUUUGGAGUGGGACUCCCUCGAGCUGGGUGGUGGUUUCAUGGCUUGGGUCUAUGGCACCGUGAUCACGUGCAGCGCAAUAUUGGCCUCAUCAAUCUUCUUCUUCAUGCUGUUACUGUUGAAGAGUGGCCUUCAAUGCAGGAUGUGCCGAAGCAGGACUGGUGAGCAGCAGCUGAGUCCUGUUUGCCCUGACAGUGUUUGGGGUCGAAGUGCAUUUGAUUUGGAGAUCGAGAUCGCAGAAGAGCAGCGACAGCAGAAGCCACACUUGACCAAAGCAGUGUCGCAGAGCAGGUUGGAGGCGACUUGA